GAAAGGAAAGGCUUAGAGGUAGCAAACGUUGGUGGGAAAAAUGGUGAAACCCCCAGAUGUACUGACGCCCCGAUACUUUUGUACAAAUAUCGGGAUAGCUUGGUGGAAACCGUGGGCGAGUUUCCUGGCACACAGCUAUUCUGUGAACCGACCCAGCCGGAGAGCGCGCGGGGUAGACAGAGGAUGCUUGGCGGAUGAAUUCGACACAGGUGAUGCAGAGAACUGCAACUUGAUAUGAUGGUUUUUGAGUAACAUCAAGCUUCUCCAAUCGUCAAUUGCAGGGCUGAGCUGCCUUUCGGGAUGCGCUGGUGCCGAUACCUCUUAGCAAUGACAAGGGACUGCGAGGUUGCGUUGGUCAGCGAGUGAGUGCAAUUUGCACAUGACGUCUUGAAUCACGUGAUUAGCGCCCAAACAAGCUCAGGUAGCGACGGAACGAGCUAGCUUCUUGCGUGCUGGUCCCGCCGUUGUGACAUAAGCAGAUCGGCCGCCGGGUUCGGCAUGCUCCGUGAGCAAUCGCGAGACGACCGGCCCGACUGCUCCCUGCAGAGUGACAUCUGGCCUAGUGAUCCUGUCUUGGAGUUGCAACCGAUGAAACGCCCAAAUUACCCCCAGGCAAACUUAUUUAAUCUCUGUAGAUCCCGGGAUUUCUGCUCAAUCGCUUUGUCUUCCAUAGUUGUCCUCAUUCUGGCUCUGAGUCUUUCCGGCUGUCCCCGCAUCCUCUCACCUUUGGUUACCCCGCGUUACUUAUUCACUUCGUCACUUUUCCCUCGAAAGAUGUCUUACCAACAGGAGCUGUUGGUGGCCCAGCUGGCGGUGCAGAGAGCCGCCAUUUUGACCCAGAAGGUAUUCUACGAGAAGACCAAAGGAACUCUUUCAAAAGAUGAUUUUUCCCCUGUGACGAAAGGAGAUUUUGGCGCCCAGGCCUUGAUCAUCCAAGCCAUUCGCGCGAACUUCCCCCAGGAUGAAGUCGUGGGAGAGGAAGAUGCGGACUCGCUCCGGGAGAACGACGCCUUGAGAAAUGAGAUGUGGAAUCUCGUCAAGGACAUCAAACUCACCGAUGCCGAAAGCGACAAAGUUAUCGGCGGACCCUUUAAGAAUGAGACCGAGAUGCUUGACGCCCUUGACGGCGGCAAGAGCCCUGGUGGCCCCAAAGGCAGAAUAUGGGCAUUGGACCCCAUCGAUGGCACCAAGGGCUUCCUCCGAGGUGGUCAGUAUGCUGUCUGCCUUGGUCUCAUAGAGGAUGGCGACGUCAAAGUUGGCGUUAUCGGAUGUCCCAACCUUCCACUCGAUGACUCUGCACCCCUUUCCGCUGAGAUUGGACAGUCCGGCGCCGCUGGCACGGAGACCGGAGUUCUCUUCUCUGCUGUGAAGGGACAAGGUGCCACGAGUCGCCCGCUUUCGGACGGUGCAGUGCGAGAGGGCAAAGCAAUUUCGAUGAGGCCGGUUACGGAUAUUACAAAGGCUUGCUUCUGCGAGGGAGUCGAGGCCGGUCACUCCGCCCAGGACGAUAAUGCCGAAGUCGCCAGACGCCUUGGGAUUAACUCGCCCAGCGUGCGCUUGGACUCUCAGGCGAAGUAUUGUUCAAUUGCACGCGGCGCCGGCGACAUUUACCUCAGAUUGCCAGUUAGGGCCGACUAUGAAGAGAAAAUCUGGGAUCACGCCGCGGGAGACUUGAUUGUUCGGGAAGCUGGAGGCGAGGUCACUGAUAUCACCGGCAACAGACUCGACUUCACCAAGGGCAGGAAAUUAUCAGCGAACAGGGGUGUGGUCGCGGCCCCGAAGUCUAUUUUCGAGCAGGUCAUCAACGCAGUCCGCGCCGUCUAUGCUGCCAAGGCAUCAAUUUAGAGGAAAGUGUAUAGAGUUCGAUCUACUUUCUAGUAUUGUUACAUAGCAACAGCACGCCCUUAUGAAAAAAAGAUACCAAAACCUAUCAUGUACAUACAGCAAAAAUAACCCAAAGAUAUCCCAAAAAAUGCGACAAUGAUAUCAUUUGAUCUUCUUCGCUUUU